CCUCCAGUUUACUUGUCCGAACAAACUCUCUGUCUAGGACAGAGGAAGAAGAACGACUUCCAGUGGCUGGGAGGAGCAACCGAGGAAGAAGAUAGAGAGGGAGGUUUAGAUCGCCGAUCGAUGGGGCAGCGAUCGAUGGAGGCGAACGGGCAUCAGAUCCAGCCCACGGCGGCGGAGAAGGAGAAGGUCAUUAUCGACACCGAUCCGGGCAUAGAUGACAGCGUGGCCAUCAUGAUGGCGUUCCAGGCACCGGGCGUCGAGGUCAUAGGUCUCACCACCAUCUUCGGCAACUGCACCACUGCCUAUGCCACCCGCAACGCCUUGAUACUGUGUGAGAAGGCAGGACGUUCUGACGUCCCGGUAGCAGAGGGCAGCGCUGAGCCUCUCAAGGGAGGGAAGCCGCAAGUCGCCGACUUUGUUCACGGGUCUGACGGCAUCGGGAACAUACCUGUCCCUGAUCCCACCACCAAGAAAGUAGAGCAAACCGCCGCGGAGUUACUGGUCGACAAGGUGUCGCGGUUCCCAGGAGAGGUCUCAGUGCUCGCCUUGGGCCCUCUCACGAAUGUUGCCUUGGCCAUCAAGAUGGACCCCUCAUUCGUGAGCAAGGUGAAGAAGAUCGUUGUACUAGGUGGAGCUUUCUUCGCCGCAGGGAAUGCCACCCCUUCAGCCGAAGCAAAUAUCCACAGCGACCCGGAAGCGGCGGACAUCGUGUUCACCUCCGGGGCCGACAUCGUCGUGGUUGGCCUCAACAUCACCACCCAGGUGAGCUUCACCGUGGAUGAUCUUGCGGAGCUGAGGAACUCUAAGGGGAAGCACGCGCAGUUCCUGUGCGACAUCUGCAAGUUCUACAGCGACUGGCACUUCAAGUCGUACGGCGACCCGGCCGUGUUCCUGCACGACCCGGUGAGCUUCGCGGCGCUGAUGCGGCCGGAGCUGUUCACGUUCCGGAAGGGCGUGGUGCGGGUGGAGACUCAGGGCAUCUGCCGGGGGCACACCUCCAUGGACAUGGGCCUCAAGAAGUUUAAUACGGAGAAUGCGUGGUCGGGGUACACGCCCAUCUCGGUGGCCUGGACGGUCGACAAGGCCAAGGUCGUCUCCUUCGUCAAGGACCUCCUCACUGUCUAAGCAGCAAUGACCAAAUGAUCUCAGCACUGAUCUGAUUUGCUGAUAUUUGCAAACUCAGAUGAUUCGAAAUGUAAAAACUGAUCGAUCCAUAUGUACUCUAUUCGAGGCACUGCAAGCAUACACGAAGGCACAUUGUCUCGUGACACUCCA